AGAGAGAGGUCUUGUCCCUUGGCCUCCCUCGCUCGCUCGCUCCUGCCGUGCCGCGUCUAUAAAAAACACUCGUCUUUCUCCAAUCCGUCUCCUCCCCUCACCCCGGCGAUCUCCUCUUCCCACCCGACCACCGACGCCAACCCAUCCGGCCGCAGCGAGCGAGCUCGCCCGCGCGCACGAGAGAGAAGAAGGUCCUCACCGGCAUAUCGAUCCAACCACCCGUUCCGGCCGGCGCCGCGUUCCGUUGCGAUGCGACCGGGCGGCCCGCCCAACGGCAGGCCGGGGCUGGGUCCGGGUCAGCCGCAGCCGCAGCAGCAGCCGGGCACGCCGGGGCGCGGGCGACGCCGCCCGGAUCUCACGCUGCUGCCGCUGCCGCAGCGCGACCUCACGUCGCUCGCCGUGCCGCUGCCCCUGCCGCCGCCGCCGUCCUCCGCGCCGUCCUCCACCUCCUCCUCCGGGUCCGGGUCCGGCCCCUCGUCCAUGGGCGCGCCGACGCCGCCCAACUCGGCCGGCUCCACCCCGCCGGCCCCGCCGCCGCUGGGCGAGCUGGAGCGCGUGCGCCGCAUCGGGAGCGGCGCGGGCGGGACGGUGUGGAUGGUGCGGCACGCGCCCACGGGCCGGGCGUACGCGCUGAAGGUCCUCUACGGGCACCACGACGACGCCGUCCGGCGGCAGAUCACGCGGGAGAUCGCCAUCCUGCGCACCGCCGAGCACCCGGCCAUCGUGCGGUGCCACGGCAUGUACGAGCAGGCGGGGGAGCUGCAGAUCCUGCUGGAGUACAUGGACGGCGGCUCGCUGGAGGGCCGCCGCAUCGCGACCGAGGCGUUCCUCGCCGACGUGGCGCGGCAGGUGCUCUCCGGGAUCGCGUACCUGCACCGCCGCCACAUCGUGCACCGCGACAUCAAGCCGUCCAACCUGCUCAUCGACUCGGCCCGCCGCGUCAAGAUCGCCGACUUCGGGGUGGGCCGCAUCCUCAACCAGACCAUGGACCCCUGCAACUCCUCCGUCGGCACCAUCGCCUACAUGAGCCCCGAGCGCAUCAACACGGACCUCAACGACGGCGCAUACGACGGCUACGCCGGCGACAUCUGGAGCUUCGGCCUCAGCAUCCUCGAGUUCUACCUCGGCAGGUUCCCGCUCGGGGAGAACCUGGGGAAGCUCGGCGACUGGGCUGCCCUCAUGGUCGCCAUCUGCUACUCCGACUCGCCCGCCGCGCCGCCCACCGCGUCCCCGGAGCUCAGGAGCUUCAUCAGCUGCUGCCUGCAGAAGAACCCGGCCAGGCGCCCGUCCGCCGCGCAGCUGCUGCAGCACAAGUUCAUCGCCGGCCCGCAGCCGCAGGUCCUCGCCCCUCCCCCGUCGUGA